CGCCACGUUCGGCAGAGUCAGUGGUCAGUGAGCAACGUUCGAUGAAGUCGACGACGCCCGACCUCGGCCCGCGCGUCCACAGCCUCGGCGCGACCUUGGUUUUGACGUGCACGAAGGGCAACGUCGCGGGCUCGGACGCCUUCAUGAGCUACCGCCUCGUCGUCGUCGACCCGCGCACCAAGGUGUGGUGGAUCUUGAACCGUCGCUACUCGCACUUCUUCGCCUUGCGUCAGCGACUCAAGGAGAUUGCGACCACAGGCCACGCGGCGCUAAAGAGCGUUGUUGCCGCCGCGUUCCCGCGCCGCCGCUUUGUGUUUGCCGUCGACAACAAGAGUGUUGUGGACGAGCGGCUCCGGGGCCUCCCAGCCUUCACAGCCGAGCUCGCGCGCUGGCUGCCAGCCGCCGAGUCGAGCGGCGCAUACGGUCCUAGCUACCUCGUCGCGACGUUUCUUCAGCUGCCAUACCGGUGGAGCGCUGCACCGGCCAAAGUACCGCACGAAUGUGCCAUCUGCUUGGACCCACUGGGAGCGGAUGCGAGCCUCUCGACUGCGUGCGGCCACACGUUUCACGAGACGUGCCUUGUGCGAUGGUUCAAGAACGAGACGACUUGUCCUUUGUGCCGCUCGAUUGCAUUGCACGGCUCAGUGCUCUAAGCAGACUGUGUGACCACGCGAUGGCAGGCCACCUAACCUAUGGAGUUGAAUUCAUAUAUAUGAAAAAACGUCUAAUGAGCUAGUACUGCCGAAAGGAAGGGAAUUGUCGGCGCUCGA